AUGAAAAAGCAAGACUUAGUUAAAAAAAAAUAUGAAGCAACAAAAGCAACAAAUAAUAAAAAACGUUUCGUAUUUAAGAAUGAAUUUAAAUAUGUCGACGCUACAAAUAUUUUAAAAAAUAUAUUUUUAAAAGAGAACCCUCCUAAGCCAAAUUUAUUAAUAAAAAGGGCGCAAACAGUAAAAGGUUAUAUUGCAAAUAAAAAAAUAAACGAUGUUCUUAUUAAAAAAAAAAAAGGUAACACAUUAGAAGAUACCCAAAAAAAUGUUGAUAAGAAAAAUGAUUAUCUAUAUAGAGAUAAUAAGUCAUUACGAAAAGGCACUGAACCAAAUAACACAUUCUUAAUUAAAUAUAGCUCACCUAAAAUAUUUGACUUUCAAAAGAAUAAGAAAAUGGGCACUUCUGUGAUUUCUAUAAAACCCGUUUCUACAAAGAAUAAUAUGAGCCUUUUUCAGCGCCCCCAACGAAAAAAUAUAAUUUAUUCAUCUCUUGAUUCAUCAGAAGAGGAAGAAAUAGAAGAGGGAUAUGAAGAAAUAGGAGAAGAGGAAGAAAUAGAAGAGGAAUAUGAAGAAAUAGAAGAAGAGGAAAAAAUAGAAGAAGAUGGUGAGGUAACAGAAGAAGAUGAUGAGGUAAUAGAAGAAAAUGAUGAGGUAAUAGAAGAUGAUGAGGUAACAGAAGAAGAUGAUGAGGUAACAGAAGAAGAUGAUGAGGUAAUAGAAGAAGAUGAUGAGGUAAUAGAAGAAGAUGAUGAGGUAACAGAAGAAGAUGAUGAGGUAAUAGAAGAAGAUGAUGAGGUAAUAGAAGAUGAUGAGGUAACAGAAGAAGAUGAUGAGGUAAUAGAAGAAAAUGAAGAGACCGAGAUGGACGAAAAAGAAAGUACCGAAAGUGUAAAAAAUAAUAUAAAUGAAGAAUUAAUGAAAGAUAAAGAAAAUGAAAUCAAGUGUAAUAUUGUAAUGGACAAUAAAGAAUAUAUAAAAAAGGAAAGCGAAAUAAUAAUUGAAAAAAAAGCAGAUAAUGAUGAAAAAAAAAUUGAUGCUGAAAAUAAUUUUAAAAAUUAUAUAGAUAAAAUACAAGAAAAGGAUCCUAAUUAUUUAAUACUUGUAAAUAACAUAAUGGAAAAUUUAUUAAAGCAUGAUGAUUUUUAUAAUCUUAUUAAAAAUAGCAUAAAAUUUUACUAUACUAAGAAUGCAAUAAAUAAUAGUUACUUUAAGCUUUUAACUGAUGAUAUAAAUUUCAACAUUAUUGAUAAUCAAAAUGCUGGAAAUAUUGUCUGCAUUAGUGAAAAUAAUAAUCAUUUUAAAAAAAAAAAUUCAGAUGAAUUACGCCUUGAGGAAGAUGAGAUUAACGAAAGAAAUUACGAAGUGAAUUCGCCAUCAAAAAUGCAGAAUGCCGAUGUGAAGAACCAUAAAAGCGAAAUCAAAGAGCAUAUCAUAGAAAAUAAACAAGACAUAGAAAAGGAAAUAAAACAAAAGCAUGUAGGAACUGAUACGUUUGACAUAAAUAACGAAACUACAAUAAUGAUGGAGGAAAAUGAAAAUAGUGAAAAUUAUAUCAAAAGCAAGGAUUAUCAAAUGAUUGAAACAAAUGAGGAUGCAAAGAUGAAUCAAGACAAUAAUAAUAAUGGUAAUAGUAGUAUAGAAAACUAUAGAUAUCCCGAAUCUGAAAAUGUAAAUUGCACGAUAAAUCAGCCCAGUAGUGUUGAAGAUAACAACCAACUUAUAAACAUAAGUAAAAAGGAUCAUACCAUAAGUGAAUCAUAUGCAUGUUCCAGUGAAAAAGAAGUUGAAGACAAUGAAUAUGAAGAACAUGAUAAUACGAAAAAAGAUGGCAAUGAAAUUGACAAAAUCGAUAGUAAUGAUAGUAAAAGUGACGAAGAUGAUAGUGAAGAAAGAGAAGAAAUUAUAACUAAAGAGAAAAAUGUAUCAGGAAGAAAAUUAAAAAGGGAAGAUGAAUCAACUUCAGGUGAAAAAGAAAAUGAAAGCUUAUCGUCAUAUGCAGAUAGCAAAAAUAAGAACGAACCGAACCUUGAAGAAAGUGAAAGUAAAGAGGAAUCUACAUCUGAAGAAAGCGAAAGUGAAUCAGAAAAAAGUGAAAAGGAAGGAGUAUCUACAUCUGAAGAAAGCGAAAGUGAAUCAGAAAAAAGUGAAAAGGAAGGAGUAUCUACAUCUGAAGAAAGCGAAAGUGAAUCAGAAAAAAGUGAAAAGGAAGGAGUAUCUACAUCUGAAGAAAGUGAAAGUGAAUCGGAAAAAAAUGUAAAGAAAGGGGAAUCUACAUCUGUGGAAAGUGAAAGUGAAUCUGAAGAAAAUAAAAAGAAAGGGGAAUCUACAUCUGCAGAAAGUGAAAGCGAAUCAGAAAAAAGUGAAAAGGAAGGAGUAUCUACAUCUGAAGAAAGCGAAAGUGAAUCUGAAGAAAAUAAAAAGAAAGGGGAAUCUACAUAUGUAGAAAGUGAAAGUGAAUCGGAAAAAAAUGUAAAGAAAGGGGAAUCUACAUCUGAGGAAAGUGAAAAUGAAUCUGAAGAAAAUAAAAAGAAAGGGGAAUCUACAUCUGCAGAAAGUGAAAGUGAAUCUGAAGAAAAUAAAAAGAAAGUGGAAUCUACAUCUGAGGAAAGUGAAAGUGAAUCGGAAAAAAGUGUGAAGAAAGGGGAAUAA